AUGGUUCAAUAUCUACACACGCCAUGGCGGGACCGCGCUGAGCUAUUGAGGGUUCGAGAACAAUUCUAUCCGUCAUCAUCUACCGGUGAUCCUCAACACAACCAGGAUGUCGGCGAUGACGGAGAUGAUGGUGAAAGGAACGACGAGGAAAUAGUAAAAGAGGAGGCGGCAAAGCAACACGCCGUGUCGCGUGUCUCGAUGUGGAUGCAACGCGGCAACUGUCCCCACUUGGUCGAGUCGACGGCCCUCCUGAUGGCAGCCAUCCUUAGCGAUCUCCACGAGACCAGGGCCCGGGCCAACUCCUCGUCCUACGCCCUCCGAGCCGCUUACUCGGCCGCCUUCAGUCGCUUCGUCACCGGUUUGUUAGAUGGACAGCAGGACAAGCAGCGCAAGAUGAGCAUGUACGCCGUGGCCAAGACCAUCGGCCUGCCGGCGACCUUCGUCGAGCUGCGCCACCAGGCUACCCACGAGCAGCUGCCCUCGCUGUCGAAGCUCCGCGCCGCGGCCCGCAAGGCCCUUGUCUGGAUUUGGGAGUACUACUGGAAGGACUUGCCAGGUGGUCCUGAUGCGGCUGAGGAGAAGCCGGAUGUGCGCCGGGAGUUGGUGUUGAGGUAUCUUGGAGAAGAGGAGAGGGUGAAGAGGACGGAGAUCCAUGGGCAGUUGAAGCGCUGGGAUGAGGCGGUUCUGUUAAGGAGUCUGGCUGAGAUAGGGGAUUCGUCUGAGGACCCUAGGAUUAUCUCCCGCUCGAUACGGUUGUCGCGGGAGAUACUUGAUGGUGGGUUUUCGUCCGAGUCGGGUGAUGCGGAGCGUGUGUCGAAGACGAGGGACUUGGAGACUGUGAGGGCGGAAUUGCAGAUGCAGGAUGGCGAGCUUGAUGCUAUGGAUGUUGGUGAGCCUGUGUGUGAAGCUGCUGAGGAACGGAAUGAGGUAUCGAUGACUCAGGCGAAGGGGUGGACGAGGUAUGAGGGGGCUUGGAAGCCGAGGCCGAUUGGUGUUGUUUGA